AUGGCCUUAGGGCAGUACCUGCCAUCUGCAUUAGCCUUGAAAGAUGAACCAUCCAGCUACAUCUGCACAACCUGCAAGCAGACCUUCACCAGCGCCUGGUUCCUGCUCCAGCACGCCCAGCACACUCAUGGCAUCCGCAUCUACCUGGACAACCACCCAGUCAACUGCUCCCUCACUCCCCGCAUGGCUCUGCCUCCGCCCCCCGGAAUGGACGCCCUGCCCCGCUCUCCUCUCCCCACUUUCCUCGGCGACACCAACAACCCAUUCCACCUCCUCCGUAUGGCUGCGCCCCUGCUCAGGGAACACCCCCCUCCCCCGGGGUACAUGGAGACUCGACUGCCUGCGACGCCACCCUUUAUCAGCCCUCCACCUCCCCCAAGACCCCCUCUAGAGCGGCUAGGCCCAGAGGAGAUGGGGCUGCUGUCCCAGCACCCCAGUGCCUUUGAGAGGGUGAUGCGGAUGACCCCCAUGGAGCCUCCUUCCAUGGACUUCUCCCGACGUCUGAGGGAACUGGCAGGCAACACAACCAAUAAUGGGGGGCCUACACCCCCUCUCUCACCCAACCGUGUGCCACACAUGCACCGCCUGCUAAGUCCUACACUUUUCCAGCCUGGCUCCAAGCCCCCAGCGUUUCUCACCUAUGCUCCACAGCCACCCACUCCCCAGGGGGCACAUGGCUCCACCAGCCCUCCUGACACCCAGGGUCCAAACCAAGCCCCGGGAAAAUCAAAAUCCUGUGAGUUCUGUGGCAAGAUUUUCAAGUUCCAGAGCAACCUGAUUGUCCACAGGCGCAGUCACACAGGAGAGAGGCCGUACAAGUGUCAUCUAUGUGACCACGCAUGUUCCCAGGCAAGCAAGCUUAAAAGGCACAUGAAGACACAUAUGCACAACAAGUCUGGGUCUAUGAGUGGCUCCCCAGAACAGGGAAAUAGAGGAGAGGGAGGAGAGGGUGAGGAGAAGAGUCGGGAGGGAGAUUCAAGAGUGAUGGGAAUGGACAAUGAGGAGGAGGAGGAGGAAGAGGAAGAGGAGGAAGAGGAAGAAGAAGAAGAAGAGGAGGAGCUGAGGAAUGGAAGUCGGCCAGAUUCCAACUUAAGUGAGGACUCGCAGGAGUUCAACCAGAACAGGGAGAAUGGUCCAAGACAAUCUCCUGAGGAGAAGAACAUGAGCAGGGACAGAGUAUGUGACAGUGGCGGCGUGAGCAUCAUGCACCCGUAUAACCAUCUGGACAAUCACCUUAGACUUAACCCUAAUAAGAGAAGCCUGGAGAGACAACCUAAUGGAGAUGGUGGAGACAGGGGUGAAGCAGAAAGAGCAAGAGAGAAUGAGAGAGAGCAGGAGCGAAAGCGAGAUGAGCAGGAGGACCAGAGGCCUGUGAUGAACGGCAGAAUUAGUGUAUCUGAAAUAGAUUCCUUCCCUGGGCUGUUCCAGCGUCGGCCCACCCCCAUCACCAGCCCAAGCCCCUCCAACAACAAGAGGAUCAAGAUUGAGAAGGAACAGCUGGAGCUUCCCCCAACCAUACCCCUUAUCUCCCCUGAGAAUGUCUACUCUCAGCUCCUGGCUGGUUACGCAGCUUCACGCCACUUCAUCAGAGAACCUUUCUUGGGGUUCACUGAUUCCCGUCAGUCACCGUUCGCCACCUCCUCUGAGCACUCCUCUUCGGAGACAGGGAGCCUGCGCUUCUCCACUCCGCCUGGUGAGCUGAUGGAAGGAGGGAGCGCCUCGGGCCGCAGCGGCAGCAGCACUCCUCACCUGCUGCGGGGUCCGGGACCGGGGAGGCCCCCGAGCUCCAAGGACAGGAGGAAUGACACGUGCGAGUACUGCGGCAAGGUGUUCAAGAACUGCAGCAACCUGACAGUGCACCGACGCAGCCACACGGGGGAACGGCCCUACAAGUGUGACCUGUGCAGCUACGCCUGCGCCCAGAGCUCCAAGCUGACGCGCCACAUGAAGACCCAUGGGCAGUUUGUGGCCACAUCUUAUAACGGACCAUCAGUGUAGAGACAGAGUGAGCGUGAGAGGGAGGGAGACAGCGAAAGCCACAUCAAAGGGGAACGAGACAACAUCAUUCAUCAUACUACUGCAACUCUCAGUCAUCAAAAUCAUCUUCACUGGAAGGUUUGACCUGCCUCUCUGGCCUAUUGUCAGGUUUUAUGUGUGCCGUUUUGCUAUCAUAGAGAAAAAAAAGGAACAUAGUGUACCUUCAAUGCAUAUUCCUGACAUUAAGGUCACAGCAGCCCUCCAUAAGCCAUUCAGUCACCAAGUAUUUCAAUAUAUUUUCAGUGAAUUAACACGAUUGGCUGAAGGGCUGCAUUCAGCUUGCUUACAGAUGUUGAUGCAUGAGUGCAAAAAUCAAAGUCCUCUUGUAAAGUGCACAGUGUAUUCAUUCCAGGAGUAAAUUCAGCCCAGAGUUCGGCCAAAAAUGAGCCAUACAGCUAUGAAAUAUGAAAUAUAUCAGAUUGAAACCAUGAACGGUGGAAGCCUGACCAUGAUCCAGACCACACACACACACACACACACACACACACACACACACACACACACACACACACACACACACACACACACACACACACACACACACACGGACAUUCAAUCUUACAAUAUGUUUACAGUGUUGAAGUAUGCCAUUAAUGAAAUACUCUGUGUAAGUGUUUAAAAAUGAUAAUAAAGUAUUGUUUUCUCCAAUGUUCUUUAAAAAUGUUUUUGAAUGCCAUAGCAGUUUUGUAUGAUUAUCCUGGUGGAGGGAUUUUAUCUUCAUGACUAUGUUUCUGUAUGAUUACUUGUUCACUGUAUGGGGAGAUGAUUUUUUUAAAUGUAAUAUUGCAGAAUCAUGCCAGAUUAUUAUUUUUUUUUCUAACAAGAGUGGUCCCAUCAUUGACUUAUGGUCUCUCCUUUGUUGUUGGUUUGGUGAAGCCAUCCCUCAAGGAUGUAAAACAAAAUGAUUUUCUAAAAAAAAAAAAAAAAAAAGGAGAAGAAAGAAGCUGAACCUUCCGCAGGGGGAAUAUUAUGGUUUGUGAGGGAAUACUUUUCCAAAUUCUACAAGACAUUCAUGGACAUUAUGUUUUUUAUGCUGUUUUUUUUUUUUUCUCGUGGUUGGCUGAAGGUCUUGUGAUGGCACUUACAGCUGUAAUUUGAAAUGCAUUUUCAUAUUUCACUUUUCACUUACACUCUUUGUACAAAACAGUUUCCUUGUUCUUUUUUGGGGGGAGUGCAUCAUUGUGAAAAAAGUAAGUGAUUUCAGAACAGUACACAUCUGCUGUUUUGAACAUAUAUGUAUUUUUGUAAUGUGUUGAAAAAUCAAUACAAGAAAGCCAACACUUCAAUAAAUGUUGCAAUUGC